AUGGCCAAAGCCAAGCGUAAGGUGUUGCUAGUGGUUGAUAAUUGUACUGCUCAUAGGCAUGUGGCUGGUCUCAAAGCUACAGAGCUUCUGUUUCUCCCUCCUAACGCUAUUGCCAAGCUUCAACCUUGUGACUGUGGAAUAAUAAAGAAUUUAAAGACUCACUACAGAUCUCUCAUGCUUCGCAAGUUACUGCAGCAUUUUGACUCAGGAUGGCGUGGGACUCAGCCACUAUGGCCACAGUGGAGAACUGCUUUAAAAAAGCAGGAUUCCAAACAGACAAGUGCCACCACAGAUGUUGAAACAGAUGAGCCAAGUGUCAUGCCUCUUGUUGAGGGUCUUCUAGACAGAGGUCUAAUAGACAGUUCUUUUGCUGCAGUCGACUUCUUUAAUGUUGAUUCAGAAGUGUUGGUAUAUCCUGCAAUGACUGUAGCUGAAGUAGUUAGCAGUCUGCAGCAUUCAGCAGAAGCAGACAACCCUUCCACAGAAGAUGACUGUGGUGAUGAAGUACCACUAGUUAGCCAUUAUGAAGCCAGCAACUGUUUGCAGAAGCUUCGAUAUUUUGUUGUACAGAGAGAUGGUAAUUCAGAUUUGCUAGACCAAAUAGGUAAAUUAGAGAAAAAGAUUGAUAGUUUUGCAGUCAAGCAUAGGUAUCAGGUGACUUUAGAGUCUUACAUAUUUUAG